CAUAGCUGCUGCCAGGCCCCUAAUCUGCCAUGGGCCCCUGUACCGCCUCCUCAUGCUGCUGCCGCCAGGUCCACAGUGUCUCAUGCCAUGUGCCACUGUCAGGUCUCCUCACACUGCUGGUGUGUUCCAUUUUUUGUCAUAGGGUGCUGGCAGAUUACGGGCCUCCCAUAGCUGCUGCCAGGCCCCUAAUCUGCCAUGGGCCCCUAUACCGCCUCCUCAUGCUGCUGCCAAGUCCAGAGUCUCUCAUGGGUCCCUGUACGGCCUCCCAUUGCUGCUGUCUCCAUCGCCACACUCUGCCAUGUGCCACUUUCAGGUCUCCUCACACUGCUGGUGUGUUCAAUUUUUUG